AUGUUCAGACCUACACAGUGCAUGCAGGCUCGCCUGCGAUUGACCACAAAGCAAGUUGGUCCCGGUUACUACAAGGGUAACCGAACAGGCUCAAUGGGACAUUUUGGUCGCAAGAAGGGAACAUACAUUAUAGAGUGGGAGAAAGUCCGCACCUAUGUUGUACCCGAAGGGCUUGCGGAGUUCAAGCUUACACCCUUUGUUACGAAACGAAUGGAACCGACGAGGACACUAUACACGAAGACGAUUGAUCACGGCCACAAAGAAGCAACUUAUCCACGAGGAUAUACUGGCAAGGAUUUCUUAAAGGAGUGGGCCGAGGAGAACGAGGCAGAAGUUGACGAGUUGAGAUUGCGCCAGGAGGAAAUCAGUGCGGAACAGCAGUCCGCCGAGACACAAGCGACCAAGGACGAGAAACAAUAA